UAUGAAAGGAUACUUUUUGGUAUAUAAAGGAUAAAUGGCUUGGGUUUCUGAUGAAAAUGAUAUUUUGAAAGAAGUCAAUUAACUAUUAGGAAUAAUGUAAUUAGAAAAAGGAUACAUGAGGUAAUAUAAAAUGAGUGGUUAUCUAUUGUGA